CCAGCUGGACUAGCUCUCCCGGUGCCUGGCCGGCGCCCCCCCACUCCUGCCAGCCCAGUCACAGCCUCCGUCCAGGGCACCUUCAGGCAGGCAAGCAGGUAGUGAGCCCCGAUCUUGGACAUCUGAGGCCAGAACGCGGGCUUCUGGGCAGAGAUGGCCCUGCAGAGCCAGGUGCGGUCUCCGGCCACACCCAUACCCAUGGCCGAGAGCUCCCUCUACCGGCAGCGACUAGAGGUCAUCGCGGAGAAGCGGCGGCUGCAGGAGCAGAUCCGCGCGGCGCGCGGGGAGCUGGAGGAGGAGAAGCUCCGCGUGGAGCGGCUCAAGAGGAAGUCUCUUCGGGAGCGGUGGCUCAUGGACGGGGCUGAGGGACCCGAGGGACCGGAGGAAGCUGCCUUGCAGGACCCCGAGACCCCUGAGGGCCAAGCGCAGGACCGCAUCCGGAACCUGGAGGACAGCUUGUUCACACUCCAGUCCCAGCUGCAGCUGUUGCAGAGUGCAUCCACAGGUGCCCAGCACAAGGCCUCCGGCCGGCCCACCUGGCGCAGGCAGGGUCACCGUCCACUCUCCCAGCCCACUGCGGAGGCAGGGACUGAAGGUCAGACUGAUCUGAACAAGAGAGCCUCUUGGCCAGCAGAGCCAGCGGGCACAUCCCUGGAGUCCCUGGCCGAGCCCAGAGAUGAGGCCUUUGGGGUUCUGCCAGCCCUGAGGCAGGUCCCUGGGGCAGCAGGGGUCUCCUCAGAAGCCAAUGGCCCCUGCCCCAGACCCAGCCCCCCUCUGGAGCAGGAGCACAAUCAGGGGGUGACAGCAGCGUAUGGGGGGGUGGGCGAGGCCAAAGGAGGGGGUGUGGUAAAGGUGGUGUGGGAAGGGCUGAGGCCUACAGAGGACUGUGCCAGGGGGGCCACGGGCCCAGAGCUGGAGGCGAAGGUAGAGGAGAUGGUGCUGGAGGCCAUCGGGGACAGGCUGGAAGCCAGCCGCCCUGAGCUCCCGUCCUGGGUGAGGGAGGACAGGGGAGUGGUGGAGGUGGUCUGGGAAGGGGUGGGAGGCACAGAGGGCAGCGACUCUGAGGCUUCAGGGGAGGCUGGCAGGGGCCCACCGCAGGCGCAGACCAGCUCCCCGAGGCUGCAGGAGGAACGAGAGGGAGAAGCUUCUGGAACAGGGGAAGGCCCCCCCAGGGGCAGCCCUGAUGGCUUCCGGCAUGGGGGCCCUGGGGGAGAGGAGGGGUCCUUUAUCUGGGUGGAGAGGGUGACCCUCAGCGAGGAGUGGGAGGAACUCAUGGUGGAAGGGGUGGAAGGGCCGAGGACACUAGGGAAGGAGCGGGGAGGUGAGAGUCCUCCGGGGGUGGGGAGGCUGGGAGGCGAGGAAACCUGGGAAACGGAGAGGAGACGGGCCGAGGAAUCGCUGGGCACAUGGAAGAAAGGAGGUGAGGAACAGUCAGGGGCAGCGUGGGAAGGAAUAGACACGUCGCUGGCGGCGGAGAAGAAGGGACGGGAGGAACCCGUGAAGCCAGAGAGGAGGAGAGGGGAGGGGAAGGCGGAGGCGGGGAGGGACAGCGGCGAGGACGCUUUGCCAGCAGAAAGCGAGGGAACGAAGGGAGCGUGGAGGGCAGAGACGGAGGGAGGCGAGGAACCACUGGGAGCAGAGCAGCGUGGAGGCGAGGAGAAGCUGGAGGCAGAGAAGGACGCUGAGGGGCCAGUGGGAGUAGAAAGCAAGGCAGUGGAGGGGUCGUUGAGGCCCGAGGAGGAAAGAGCAGAGGGAAAGCUCCGGGCGGAGGAGAAGGGGGUCGAGGAGGAGAAGGGGGUCGUAGAGAAGAAAGGAGAUGAAGAAAAGCUGGAGGCGACGGAGGAACCGCUGACGACAGAGAGGAAGGAGGGUGAGGGAUCACUAACAGCAGAGAGAACAGGAGAUGAGGAGCCACGGGAUGAAGAGGAAAAAGAAGAGGAAUCACCGAAGGCAGAGAGGAUAGGAGGUGAGGGGCCAUUGGAGGCAGAGAGAACGGGGGGUGAGGGGCCAUUGACGGCAGAGAGAACGGGGGAUGAGGGGCCAUUGGAGGCAGAGAGAACGGGGAGUGAGGGGCCAUUGGAGGCAGAGAGAACGGGGGGUGAGGGGCCAUUGGCGGCAGAGAGAACGGGGGGUGAGGGGCCAUUGGAGGCAGAGAGAACGGGGGGUGAGGGGCCAUUGGAGGCAGAGAAGAGCCAAAAGGUCAAGGAAGACGUGAGUCCAGAAGCUCAGAGAGAGUCUGGAACUGGGGAAGAGUGUCAGGCAGAGAAGGUGAGUGAGGCAGGGGCUUCCCCGGGGGCCCAGGAAGAGCUCAGGCCGGAGGAGGAAGGGCCGCAGCCGUCCCAGGAGAAGCAGGAAGGCUUGCCGGAGGAGGAGGAAGCAGGGAAGCCUCAAACCCCCGCCGCCGAGGGCCAGGACCCCUCAGGGGAUGCCACGCCCCUCCUGGCAGAGACCCCAGCUCCUGAGCAGCCCGCCGAGUGCCAGCCACUGCUUCCGGUGGAGGAGCCCAAGGCCAACCCCCGUGCCCACCCCGUGCCCACCUAUGCACCUGCCCAGCAGCCCGAGCCCUCGGCUCCCCCUGAGGGUGAAGAGGCAAGCGGCCCUAAGCAAAAGACGUGCCAGUGUUGUGCGGUGAUGUGAGUCCACGCCCCCCACCCCACGCCUCGCUCUUCUCACAGCUACCUCGGCCUCUGGGCAUCCAGCAGAGGGUUCCCAGGCACAGACAGGGCAUAUGGGACUGGCCAUGGCAUCUGGGAGCCUGCUGGCCCACACCUCCACCUCCACCUGGGCUUCUGGACCCCUUGCCCACUGCCUGUGACCCUGGCUCCCUUCUCCGACUAAACCUUUAUACUUGAAAAUAAAAUAUUAAAGCAUUG